AUGUCAGCCACCACCAAUAAAGUGGACGCAGUCGUUGUCGGUGGAGGGUUUGGCGGUAUACGUCUCGUCAGUCUUCUCCAGGACAAGCUUCAUUUUCAGAACAUCGUCGCAAUUGAGAAAGGCAGCGCUUUGGGAGGGACCUGGUACUGGAAUCAGUAUCCCGGAUCCCAGACUGACACUGAGAGCUGGGUCUAUCGCUUCUCCGAUGACCGUGACCUGCCUAAAUGGAACACGCGAUAUCUGAAGGCUGAGGAUCUCCAAAAGCAGAUCAUUGACACGGCUAAGAAGUCCAAUGUCUUGAAGAAGUAUGUCUUCGAGAAUGAAGUCGUCUCGGCACAUUACCAUGCGACUGACAACCGCUGGCUUAUUUCGACGGACAAAGGAUUCCAAUUUUCCGCAACUUACUUUCUCACUGCUCUUGGGAUCCUCACUAACCCUUACAUCCCGGCUUUUCCCGGGAUCGACUCCUUUAAGGGUCUCUCCUUUCAUUCUGCCAGGUGGCCUAAAGGUCUCGACGUAACAGGAAAAAGUAUCGCCGUUAUUGGCACUGGACCGUCCGGAAGCCAGAUAACAGGGACCAUCCAUCCUCUCGUGAAGAAGAUCACAGUUUUCCAGCAGCGAGCUCAAUAUAUCGUCCCUGUCAAUGAUCGCCCGGUGACCGAGGAAGAGAAGAGGGAGAUCUAUGAAAACUACGACAAGGUCUGGGACACUGUUUUCAAUUCGCUUUUUGCGAUGGGCUUUGCAGAGAGUGAGAAAUCAGCGCUGGAAGUGUCGGAAGCAGAGCGGAGGGAAGUAUAUGAACGCAUAUGGAAUAAAGGGGGCGGGUUCCGUUUCUUCUUCGAGACCUUCAACGAUCUCGGAACAAAUGUGGAUGCGAACGAGACUGCUGCGGCAUUUGUUCGGGACAAGAUCGCCCAAAUAGUCAAAGAUCCUGAAACUGCGAAACUGCUCCAGCCCAAGGGACAUUAUGGCGGCCGGCCGCUUUGCACACAAGGUUAUUAUGAAGCAUUCAAUGAGCCGAAUGUCUCUCUUGUUGACAUCUCCAACAAUCCUAUCGCCAAGGUCAUUCCCACUGGGUUGGAACUUCAAGACGGGAAGACGUUUGAAUUUGACAUCAUUGUGUACGCCACCGGGUUUGAUGGGGUGGACGGCGCCUACCACAACAUUGACAUUACCGGGCGUAAUGGACUCACAUUGGCAGACGCGUGGAAGGGCGGCGCGAACGCUCUGUAUGGCGUCAGCGUCUCAGAGUUCCCCAACUUUUUCACAGUUACAGGGCCGGGAGGGCCUUUCGCAAACAUGCUUCCGUCAAUCGAGUUGCAAGGGGAUUUCAUCGUCAAGCUCAUCCAAGAGGCAAGCAGGAGAGGGGAAAAAACCGUGGAGGCGGACGCCAAGGCCCAGGCUGAAUGGGCUCAAACCGUCCAGCAGAUCUCCAGGGCAACUGUUUUCAAUAAAGUGAAAUCGUGGAUCCAGAAUGAUAAUGUGCAGGGAAAGAAGAAAUACAGUGCCUUUUUCUUGGCCGGCCUGCAGAAUUAUAUCGCCAAAUUGGCUGAGGAGACGGAGGGAAGGUAUCCUUCGUUCGUGUUUGCGAGGUGA